AUGACAGAUGCACGCAGCUCAAAACGCUACGCGCAGGAAGCAGAGGAAGCCCGAGGCAUCCAAUCACAUCGUCCUAUCCCCUUGUCGCACAAUCCCAACAUAAUCUCUUUCAUUGACUUCAGCGUCCGUCUUUUAAAGGGCUUUCAGAAAAUCCACGACUCUCAGCAUGGGGUGCUCGAGGAAAAUAAAAGCCGUGAAACGAUUAUGCGAGAGAUGCAACAUAUGUCAGCAGGGCUGUUGCUCUCCAGAGCGUCCGACAAGGUGGAAGAAGAUUCAGGUCUCAGGAUUCUGGCUGAAGAAUGCCAUGGGCUCUCAACUGAAUUGAAUUUAUUGCUGGACAAAGUCAAAUCAAAGAACCCAGGCUCCAAAGCUCAAAGUCUGUUGUCGGCACUGCGAAACAAGGUCUACGACAGCGAGAGGGCAAGCUUAGAAGCAAGGCUUAACGAAUGUCGGGGUCAACUACAUUUACAACUUAGUCACCUUACAAGGAAGGAGACCCUUGAGAAGCUCGACAUCUUGGUGCAAGCAUCAAAAGCGGACGAAAUCAAGCUGGACAAAAUUGAGAGUCAGGUCGCACAGCUACGCAAAAACAUCAGUCUGACCCCUGCAACCUCGGAAGCCAAGCCGAUGCUGGUGAUGCUUCUUGAGGAGGAGGAGAAAGUUUUCAACGUAAUCGCUCAGGAAAGAAUCUUGAACUCUCUUUCGUUCGAAGGAAUGAAUCGACGUUCCAACAUGGUGGUUGAGACACACUCUAACACAUACGAAUGGAUAUUGGAAGACAAGCCUACUGAUAAGACAGUGUUUUCGGAACUUCUUCCUGAGCAUGCAGAGGAUGCUGUGGCUAAAGAGGCCGCCAUUCAGCUUCGAAAUAUCGAAGAUGUUGAGAAAACUCGUGCGAGAGACAAGCUUAACACAUGGCUGGCUCGCGGAAGUUCACGUGAUGUGUUCCACCUAUCGGGGAAGCUCGGCUCUGGAAAAUCGACGCUCAUGAAGUACAUACGGGAGAGUUCUCGCACUCAAGAUAGACUCAAAAUCUGGGCAGACGGCCGUGAGUUGACCAUCGCCGAUUUCUAUUUUUGGAAUGCUGGUUCGGACUAUGAAAAGUCGCUCCGAGGACUCUACACUAGCCUUCUUUACCAAAUAUUCAGCCAAUGCCCUGAUUUGGUACCCAAAGUCUGGCCGGCUCAAUGGGCGCGGGCCAAUUCCGCGCCAUGGCUUGCACCCAAAGUCAUCGAAAUUUCAGAGAGAGAUAUCAAAGAAGCCUUUGCAGCAGUCAUUGAAUCUCACGACUGGCUCAAAAAGCGUUGCUUUGCUUUUUUCAUUGACGGGCUCGACGAAUUCCAAUCCACCGUACAAGCCGAUUAUAGAGACUUAGUAAAGUUACUCUGCCACUGGACAGUAAAAGCAUCCGAAAAUGUCAAAAUCUGCGUAUCGAGUCGCGAGCAUCCGGUAUUCAUGGAUGGAUUCACAUCAACACUGAGAAUCCGCCUUCAUGAUUUGACGAGGCAUGAUAUGAACACCUACAUUCGAGACAAGCUUGCUCAUGUGAGCGCAGAAGGACACUUCGAAAAUCUUGUUUCCUUAAUAAUGAGCAAGGCCAAUGGAGUAUUUUUAUGGGUAGCACUGGUAGUGAAAUCAUUAAGAGAGGGCCUGGAGAAUGGAAUGUCGUGUUAUGAACUGACCCGAGAGGUUGAUGUUCUCCCGGAGCAACUGGAAAGCCUCUACAGCCACAUAAUCAAGUCCCUGGGCAGGUCAGCAAGAAGAAAGGCAUACCAGACGUUUUGCAUGAUCAUGGAGCUUAAGAGACAUGGCGAUUACAGAAUGUCACUCCUCGCCUAUUCCUUUUUGGAAGAGUAUGAGAGCGGAAAAGAUUUCUUCAUGGACAACAAUAACGUCUUCCCUUUCGACAGCCUCACCGGAAAUCGCGGCAAAGACAGGGCGCAAUCUUCUAGCAAGAAGCUGGCUGGCUGGUGUAAAGGUCUCGUCGAGCCAUAUAAAAUGCGAAUAUGGGCGCCGUCAAAUGAGAACAAUUGCAAUGCAGCGUGGGAAAAUUGGUCCCUGGAGCUGGAUUUCGUGCAUCGAAGCGUGUCCGAAUUCUUGCAUACAGACAGAAUCCAACAUGACAUGGAGCAGAACUUGAUGCGCUUCGACCACAUUGACGCAAUCCUCAAUAUAAUAGUCAGCGACAUCUUCUAUGAAAAGGCAUCGUCAGCAUACAACACCUCUCGAUCAGGAAUCACGACUACAGUGCUUUUGGAAAUGUUAGAACGCUACGAGUUGUAUCGGGAGCCAUUCACCUAUCUCGAGCGUCUUCAAGAAAUGCUGGCAACAGGAGGCUCAAGUGAACUAACAUCUAUCAACACCGUUCUUCUGAUUCCUUGGCCGGGGGAAGACGGGCAAUUCCGUUAUGGUUCCGUCCUCAAGUAUGUCGGGGACGCUACAGACACAGCUUCAACGACUAACGAGACUGUGUCCAACAAGGAACAGGGCUUGCGAAAAGAUUACUUUCUUACGGACCCGUUACCCAGGCUGACCUGGCUCGGCCUCUGCGACUAUCCCCUGUGGUGCAUAGCUAACCGGCAUAAGCUUUUCGAGCAGCCGGAAACAAUUUCGAUGAUUGCAUGCUGUUGCAUGCGCAACGGUAUGACAUGGGGUCAUCGAAAUGCCCACCACGCUCUGCGUGUCCUCGAAGCUCUUUUCGAACGAGGCUGGCUUUCUCCAAACACCGUUACAAGUUAUUGUCCAUUCUUUUCAAUUGAAGACUGGUCCCACCUCUCGGGAAAUCUAGCAGGCCUAACAUUUUGGCAACACUUUCUGAUGUACAUGCUGGGCGAACAUUAUUAUCGGGGAAUCCCCAAGACUUCAGGAGAGAGGAAGAUUGGGGACGUAAAGGAGCACCGCAGGAGGCUCGAACAGUAUCGCAGCGAGCUUUGUGCCCCAAGCCAUGAGAGCGACUCAUUUCACUCUCCCGAACUAUGGCAGGACAUUGAAAUCGGUCCCCAAUCAGCGGACGGCGCACCUUUCAGACGGGACUUUUCACUGAGAGAAUUCAUUGAAAUCUGUCUGUCUGAUCACAGGGACACCGAUCACAAGGACACCAUCUUGCAGAUACUAGACGAGCAGUCGGAGCAAAUUUCAAGUAUCCAAGCGGAUACCCAAAUCGACACAGGUAAUGCAGCAGCUUCGGUUGCGGGGCAAGAGGACUGUGAUGACAAGGAAACAGUCCCGGAAGAUGAGAUUCGCUUAAGCAACUCUAGAAAUCGCUUUCAGCACCAGCCGUCGCAAGAUACUGGGUUCCGAUAUUAUCUGCAGGCUAUCUCUCGGUUGGUCAAUAAUUUACUCAACAAUGAAUACUUCAGGUACAUUUUUGCGGGUUUAACAGGUUCAGCUCUAGAAUCCGCGCUGGUCACGGCCAGUCGCGACAAGACCAGCAUCUGGUGGGACGCAAAGUCGUGGACACCCCGGAAGGUGAUACCGAGCUUUGAGACCAUUGAGCCGGCUGGUUUCCUAGAAGACGGCAGGGUGACUUACACGGCCGGCACCAAUGGCAGAGUGAGGCUCUGGGAGACCGACACGGGCCGGAAAUUACGAGCGAGGAAGCGGCAAAGUCAGAAAAGAGGAAAUCGUAGCGGCGAGAUUCAACUGAAGCCGGCCAGAUCCAGGACGGACCUUAACAUUACGUUCUUGCUGGAACAGCACCGAUCUAGAGAAGACGGCGAAACUUUGGAUUGGUUAGACCUGAAAUUCACUAGACGUGGUUGGGGCCAGAGGCAAGGGCAAACGCACCCGUACCGGUAUGAAGAUAUCUCGGAAAUGCAGUAUUGGAUCAGUCGCCGCUGGCGCAUAUUUGCUGAGCCAGGCGACCCGAGUGCCAGCUGGAUAUCCGCAAGGGAGCCCACAAGAGAUAUGAGAAGUCAGAAGGUCUUUGAGGUUGCUAAGACGUGGCUUAAGACUUGCGUUGUAAACCAUGCGGUCUGUGAACGUGAACGGGCUACGUUCAGGCCGUUACGUCUCAUUGACGUAGGACAGAGCGACUCCAACAUCAUCCGCUUAGACACCGAAGUGUCCGAUAAACACUUCGAGUAUGUGGCCUUGAGUUACUGCUGGGGCGGCGACCAGAUGGGCAAGACGCUACGCGAAAAUCUAAUAGCUCGAACAGAGUGUUUCGACUUGGAUGACCAACCAGCGACCAUUAGAAACGCCGUCCUGGCUACUCGUCAGCUUGGAAUACGCUUUCUUUGGGUUGACAGCCUCUGUAUUGUCCAGGAUGACGACAACGACAAGGCUAUUGAAAUCAAUCGAAUGUUCGAUAUCUAUCGGCAUAGCGUCAUGACAAUAUCCGCUGCUAGUGCCACAUCCAGCCAGCACGGCUUCCUGAAUGUGUGUACACCAGCUGUACUGGUCCGCGUGGGGUAUCGUGGGCCGUACGGUGAUUUGGGCUCAGCCAUCAUGUCACUCACGGUAAAUAAGCCCGAGCCGAUACACUCACGAGCUUGGACCUUGCAAGAGCACUUUAUUUCGAGACGGCUCCUGGUUUAUGGGACCUUCGGCCUACGAUGGAUCUGUCGCACUGGCCGCGAGCUCGACAACGAUCAAGAAAAUAGUGAUCUGGUCAGCAAUCGCCUAGCCGAGCUUUUAAUCGGCCAGGGCCAAGGCCGGCCAGAAGUAAGCAUCUCACCUGGAACCUGGAGAGAUUUGGUCUACGGUUAUUCUAUGCGGGCCCUCACGAAUCAAGAAGAUCAAUUGCCAGCCAUCUCAGCCGUUGCCACACUAUACGCCAACACGAGACCAGAAGAUCGGUAUUUGGCAGGUCUUUGGGCGGAUUCCCUGGCGUUAGAUCUCCUGUGGACUGUCCAGUCGCCUCGAUCCUCACGCAGUCAACUUGCUCAAUUUCCCACAUGGACCUGGGCGUCAGUGAAAGCAUACAUACGUUUCACGCCACCGAAUUUGAAUGAGCAAGUCACAGUGAGCCUGAUCAGCUACGAAAUUGUCUUGAGCAAUACCCUGGUGCCAUUCGGCCAAGUUGAUAGCGGAUCGCUGUAUCUUGAAGGGGAAAUCUUCGUAAUCUGUCCGGGAACUGCAUCACAGCUUGGCUACUCGCGCUGUGUAAUUUGGCUAAGAGCAGAGUCUGAACAAGGCGAGGAGACGGUCCCGUUCCAGGCACUACCGGAUAUCCCGAUGCCUACUGACGCCCUCGAAGGCUUGUAUUGUCUGGAAUUGACAACUACCCCAAACAACUUCUUCGACUCACACGGGCUGAUACUACGUUCUGUAGCCGGCUGCACAAACAGGUUCUCUAGAGUUGGCAUUUAUGGACCGGUACCCAUGCCCUCUGACGAGAGAGAACAAUCGUGGCUGCAAAGACCUCGAGCUCAAAGAAAGACAAUCGAGAUAAUAUAA